AUAAGAUACUGCAUAUCAUAUUUUUCUUUCUAAGGUUAAAUUUUUUAUCUCCUUCCAACAUAAGAAUUAGAAGAAGAAGAAGAAGAUGGCUCUCUCCGUAAGAGGAUUCCAACCGAGUUUUUUCUUCAGUAAUUAAAUAAAAGCAUUUUACUGCUAAAUCUUGAAGAUUAUGAGCAAUCUGGCUGGACUAAUUCUGAUAAAGGAGGAUUUUUUUUCUUAGGUUCUUGUCACUUUUAAUCAUCAUGAAAGGGGAAACAUCAUGGAUAAGUCAUUGCCAUGAUCAUGCUGCAAUUAACACAGUUGAGUCUGAUUCUUUCUCCGAGCUUAAAGAUGAAGACAAAAAAGAAGUUUCCUCAGUUCUUGUGGAUUUCAUAUUGCCUGAUGAUAUACUUGAAAGGAUCUUAGCAUGUCUUCCUGUUGCUAGCCUCUUUAGGGCAAGUUGUGUGUGUAAAAGAUGGCACGAGAUAGUGAAGUCCGGAAAGUUCUUGUGGAACUCCUCCAAGUCUCUGUCUCAUAAACCAUGGUACUUUAUGUUCACAAGUUUGAAGGAACCAGUAGGUUAUGCCUAUGAUCCGACCUUUCGGAAAUGGUACGGUAUUGAACUCCCCUGCAUUUGGACAUCGAGUUGCUUUAUAUCUUCAUCUUCUGGAUUAUUUUGCUUCAUGGACAAUGAUAGUAGAACUGAGCUAUAUGUAUGUAAUCCAAUAACCAAAUGUUGCAAGAGCCUCAAGGAGCCACCUGGCUUCAAGUUUUCUGAUUACAAUGCAUUGGCAAUGUUCGUAAAUAGGAAAACCCGUCGCUAUAGUGUCAGUAUUGUUAAAUCGAAGCACAUCCCCGGAAACCUCUUUCAGUGGGAUAUUUCCAUUCACAUAUACGAUUCUGGAACGAUGACGUGGACCACCCGUUUGACCGAUGUUUUGGCAGGAUGGAGAGGUGGGGAUGAAAGUGUAAUAUGUGACGGUAUUUUGUAUUUCAUGAUCUACUCGACUGGAAUUGGUGGUUUGGAAAAUCGUCAUGGUUUAAUCACUUACGACGUCUCAAGCAUAUCGGCAUCGCCCGGUUUGUUGAUGAGGAGUUUUAUUUCAGUGCCAUGUUCUCUUACAUGUGGCCGCUUAAUAAACCUGAAGGAAAAGUUAAUAAUGGUAGGAGGUAUAGGGAGGCGAGAUCGGGCUGACAUAAUUAAGGGGAUCGGCAUAUGGAGACUUAACGGGACGGAAUGGCAACAAAUUACCCGAAUGCCACAUAAGUAUUUCCAAGGUUUUGGGGAAUUUGAUGAAGUUUUUGCUAGUAGCGGUACAGAUGACUUCAUAUACAUUCAGAGUUAUGGAGCACCUGCUCUUCUUAUUUUCGAUGUGGAGCAGAUAAAGUGGAGGUGGAGCCUGAAAUGUCCCGUGACAAAGAGGUUUCCCCUUCAGCUUUUUACUGGUUUUUGCUUCGAGCCAAGGCUUGAAAUCGCUCCAUAAUUCUUCUUUAGAAAUAAAAAUAUACUUUCUUCCCAUAUAUUUUCAAUUUUUGUUCCUUUUCUCUUGGUACAAAGAUUUAUGAAAACUUUUAUACAUGUACAGUCUGGUGAGGCUUCUAAAAUUAUCGGAUGAGAAUAUUUUAGACAUUUUCUUUUUCCAUUCUGAAAUGUGAGUAUUUCAGCUCCAAAUUAUUAAUCGAUACGUUUCUUGA